AGCUCCCGCCUCGGCUGCAGCUGCCACUCACCUGCACCAAAAGGCAAGCCACACUCGCCCCACAACUGCUAGCUACCAUCUGCCUAGCUAAGCUAUAUCCUACACCUGCAAGCUGCGUGUGGGCACUCCCAGGCCUCAGCUACAGCUCGACACGUACGUGCAUACGCUACCCACUGCGGGCUGUGACUCGUGAGCGAGCCGUCGAGUCGAGCAUGUCGUCGAGCAGCCGGAGGUCACGCACGCGGCGCACCGGGAGCUCGCCGUCGAUCUCGGAGGAGCAGAUCUCCGAGCUAGUCUCCAAGCUGCAGGCGCUGCUCCCGGAGUCCCAAGCCCGCAAUGGAGCUCACAGGGGUUCGGCGGCGAGGGUGCUUCAGGAGACGUGCAGCUACAUCCGGAGCCUGCACCGGGAGGUGGACGACCUGAGCGAGACGCUCGCCGCGCUGCUCGCCUCCGACGCCGUCACCGCCGAGCAGGCCGCCGUCAUCAGGAGCCUCCUCAUGUGAUCCUCUCUCCCUCCGUCCGUCCGUCCAUCCAUCGGUCGGUGCACACUUACGUCCAGCUACGUACCAAGCUCGUUCGGCCGGCGCAUUCGUCCACGGCCGAUCAUACUACGGGCUAGCAUGCAUGCUGGGCUGGCUGGCUAGCUAGCUAGUGUGUGAGCCUUUUCCUUGAGGUUUUUGCAUUUGCUUGGUUAAUUAAUUAAUUAAUCUGGUUGAUUAGUUUGGCUUCAUGGCUUGGAUUGGAUUGCGAGAGGGAGGUUUGCAGCCAGCAUUGGCUGGCGCGCGGUGCCGGGCAUGGCUGGACAGCAAUAGCAAGGAUCUAUCGGUGGUUUUAAUUA